GUCCGCAACUUAGCAAAGUCCAUCUUACCGCUCAUGCGGAGCACGCCAGGUUGAUCAGCCAUCAUAUCCAUAUAUGAUAUCAAAGAACUCCCCGCCGUAUUAGACAGCAACUGUUUAUGUUGUCUGGUGGCUGGUUGCUGCUAUCGCCCUGACCUGAGAAGUUACUGCGGCAAGGCUCAUUGACUUGCGGUUAUCAUCGACGUUGAUUUAGGUGGAGUUUAUUCAAAGGUGUCUUUGUAUCUUCUACCGAUCCGAGCCACGCGUCCGGAUGCAUUUCUCCUUUCAUAGCACCGCCUUCCUUGUUCACCAAAGUAUUCGGUGGACGCCCUCACGUCUUUACGACGACCACCCACUCCAUUUUGUAGGCCUCUCCCUCCAUGACCCAGAGGAACAGUCUCAGCGACGUCUGCGACGUCUAUAUUUCGCGCCGCAAGAACGAUCAGUCCAGCACUGGGCGUGGUCUGAUAUCUGACCUCCGGUCGUCGUGGGGUCACCUUUUGCUCUCUCGCCCAGACCAGAAUGGCCCCCGACUACCACUUCCCGAGCCCGGAUGUGGUAGCUCCCCGAACACAGUAACAUUGCCAAAGUUCUCGAGAUAUGGACAGUCUCUCCGCAUCCCUCGCCCACGGAACGCCUUUAUUCUCUUCCGCUGCGAUUUUGUUCACCAAAGAAAAUUGAACCCGACAGAAAACGAAGAUAACAACAUCUCUCGCGUGGCCGGGCAGCGCUGGAGCCAAAUGACAUUAUUACAAAAGCAGCCAUGGUUAAGGAUGGCUCAGAACGAAAGAGAACGUCAUGCAUUCUUGUAUCCCAACUACAAAUAUACGCCGAACCCCCUCAACUUUAAGCUAAGAAAGACAAAGAUUAGAGGAUAUAAUCCCCAUCUUCCUAAAGCAGUGGAAUCUUCUGCCUUGGGUCCAACGCUUCUCGCUAAUUCCCAACCUCAACCACGACUUACUCGCACCAACGAGCAAAUAAAUUCGCAUCCCCUCGACACUCGUCGACACCCUCACCCUCCUGAAAGACGUCCAUCUUCGUGCCCACCCAUUGGAGCUACACCCGUCCCAGAUCUACGAGCCUUAGAAUCGUGGCUACCGCCGUUGGUUUCGCAAGACGAUCUCCGCCGUCGUCCCAGUCAAACUGUCAUGUAUCAGUCCACGCCCACCCUUAAUACCAUUGAACCGACGUCCAAUGAUCAUCUUCCCCUCCUACAGAAGAACGAUUCUUGGUUGGGUGUUCCACAGCCUUACCCAUGGGGGCUUGCUGGGAACGAGCAGCUCAUCCAGCAUAACCCUGUUGACUCUGAAUUUCCUGUUGCAUCUGCACCGAUGGACAGUGACCCGACUUGCGCAGCUUUUUCGAAGCAACUCGACGCCCUGAGCGACAUAGAAUUUCUCAGUCUGGAACCCACCUUCGUCGACCCCUUCCGGUUUUCCCUAGAACCCACCGACUGCUAUCCUUUCCAGGCCUCCAACAUACCACCUUUUCUCACAUGUGCUGAUCUGGGACUCCCCAGCAGUACGCUAUCCCCUCCGAGUGGUCCUUCUUUGUUGUCCGAGCGACGUGGGGGUUUUUCCAUUCCCUCCCCAUCGACCUUCGUUGAAGACGGAUAAGUGUACGGGUGUACGUUCACUUUAGAAGUAUUGUCAUAACGAUGGACGCACGCUGCACGCUAGCAUUGUGAUACUGUAAGUCAUUGUAGCACCAAUACAAUAUUCCCCUAUAGCACCUGCAUGUUGGUACCUUAUGCAUUUUUACACACACAUUAGCUGAAGUCAUCAUAUGCACAUGCUCAUUGGGACUAGGUUUUUAUCGAGUCUGU